UUGCAGUGCAUUAUGCGUUAUAAACAUAAUUUUUGAGAAGUGUUGCUUGCAAGUUUUUGUGAUCUUUGUGAUAUGUUAGUUUGAGCGAAGAGAUUUUCUUAGAACGUAACAUUUAUCAAUAAAAGUAGUGAAAAAUUAUGUUUUCCUUGAUACACAAAACCGAAAAUGCACAUGAGGACAGUAUUUGGACUUGUGCUUGGGGUUGUCCAAAAAAGAAGAAGGAUACUAUGCAAGUGGACAAUGAAGACUCCAGAGAUUCUAUAAAAUCAAAUCUAGAUGACACAAAUAACUAUGUGAUAACUGGCUCAGUAGAUGAUAGUGUAAAAGUAUGGGAACAUAAGGAUGGAAAUUUAAAACUCAAACAUAAACUUACUGGACAUUCAUUAGGAGUUGUAUCAGUUGCUGUUAAUUCAGAUGGAACAAAAUGUGCAUCCAGUUCCUUGGAUUCAAGUUUGAGAGUAUGGGAUUUGGAAUCUGGUGAAAAAAGUUUUGGUAUCGAAGUAGGACCUGUGGACAUAUGGACAGUAUGCUUCUCUUCAGAUGAUAAGUAUAUUGUUUCUGGUAGUCAUGCUGGCAAAAUACAUUUGUACAAUGCAGAAGAUGGAAAACAGGAACAAGUUCUGGAUACAAGAGGAGGAAAAUUCAAUCUUAGCAUUGCUUAUAGCCCAGAUGGAAAGUAUAUAGCAAGUGGUGCUAUUGAUGGAAUCAUUAAUAUUUUUGAUGUUGCAUGUGGCAAAGUGUUCCAGACCUUAGAAGGACAUGCUAUGCCAAUUCGUUCUCUAUGUUUUUCACCAGACUCACAGCUUUUACUUACUGCCAGUGAUGAUAGUCACAUGAAACUAUAUGAUAUAAAAGACACCAAAGUUGCUGGAACUAUGUCAGGACAUGCUUCUUGGGUAUUGGGAGUAUCAUUUGCACCUGAUGGUAAGAAGUUUGCAUCAAGCAGUUCUGAUCAUACUGUCAAAAUUUGGGAACUGGCUCAGCGACAAUGCUUGCACACAUUCCGAGAACAUAAUGACCAAGUUUGGGGUGUAAAAUAUCAUCCAACUAAAAAUAAUCUGCUUGUUUCUGUAGCUGAAGACAAAGCUGUAAACUUGUAUGAACACCCAGAAUAAUGUUGAAUUUGUAUAUACUGUACAUUUAUAUGAGCAAAAUAAAAA